AUGACUCACAGUGCUGCACUCCCAAACUCCAUGCCUGGCCUGCCUGCCCGCGACAGGACUCCGUAUCCAAUGCCCAAUAAUAAUGCCGAUGCAAGGAGGAAAGGAGGAAAGGAGGAGCUGAUGAGACAUGGACAGGGAUACCACAAACCCAAGCAUUUUCAUCCCCCAGCCUGCCUGCCUGCCUCCCCUGCCUCCCCUGCCUCCCCUGCUUCCUGCCGGCCCAGCGAGACAAGCCCGAUACCGACGAACCAACGCCAAAGCGAGACCAAAGAAGACUUUAUCGAAAGUCUAAAGCCUCAAGGCUGCGUUGCCUAA